AUGGUUUUCUUCAGACAGGCUCUUGCCCUGGUGGCCCUGUCCUUGACCCAUGCCGCGUUCGCCCUUCCGACACUGAACGAUCUUUUCUCUCGGGCUCAAUCCUCCACUGGUCUCUGCGGGAACCAAGCCAACCUUAUUCUUCCAAAUACGCCAUGGAUUGUCUACAACAUGCUGUACAAUGCGGCUCAGAUGGUCGGCACGCAAUGUACAAAUUAUGACGGGGUCACCACAAGCGACAAUGGUACCAAGGAGGUUCUCUGGAGCAGCGUGGCCAACAUCGACUAUGUUGAGAGCACGAACAACGUCCCCAAAGGGUACUCCUUUGUCGGUCUGACCCAGAACCUCGAGACCAAACUUUCCGCUAUCGAGUCCAUCCCCACGACCUACAGCUGGACACGUACCAACUCCACUAAUUACAAGGCAGGAAACAUUUGCUUCGACUUCAUGACCAAUGAUGUCAAAGGUGACUCAACGUCAUCCUCCUCGCACGAGCUCAUGCUGUGGCUGCAGUACGAGGGCGGCCAGCUCCCCAUCGGCUGGACCAACGGGCCGGCCGGCACCGUUGACAACCUCUUCGGGACCUCGUGGACGCUGUACGAAGACGUCAAUACUGACACCGGGAUAACGGUCAGCACCCUAAUGCCCACCAAUCAGUUUGAGGGCUCUUUCUCUGGCGAUCUGAAGGACUGGUUGCUCGCCAUGGCCCACCUGGGCAGAUUUACCGAGGCCACAUAUGUCAAUGUUGGCAAUGCUGGCACGGAGUUCUUCUACGGAAAUGCCGUAAUGAACGCGACCCUCGGAUUGCAGAUCAACCUGGCGUGA